AUGGACGUGUGUGAAAAGGACGUCGCCGACGAGAAUGUUGACCCGGGGGUCGUUACGUCCUUUCCGGCAGACAUUCUCGUCAGCAAAGUCCGCAGGCCAUUGACGGAAGCCUACAAGUACAAGGUAGCCAUGAGCCACCUGCAGCCUAUCGUAGAGAAAUUAAAGAGUUGCGGGAGUCAACGCUUCGAGGAGUUGUUGCGGGAAGUCGAUGCGUUUGCCGACCGGAUCAUGAAUGCCCCUUCUGGUUGGCCACAAGAGUCGCUUGUCGACUCCCCCUCACAGCCGAACGGGGAUGAAAUGGAAGCUGACACGAGCGACGGGGUUGUUCGUUGUCAGAUAAGGGAGGAGGGUAAUGUGUUUGUCGCACAGUGGGGUUCUGACCAAGACCCAUCUGUACGUAUUCUGCACAAUGACACUUUACUCCCUAACUUCCGCAUUCGUGGCCGGCCGUGUACUCGACGCCCCUGGACGACUCGCAAACCUCUGAGAAGUCGUGCGAUGAACGUAACUGUCUCCACGCAUAGUGCCAGCAGCAGUCUUACGCGCAGGGACUCGAGGAUGCCCAGUCGGCAUUUGGAAGAGACGGCCGUAGACAUGGACGAUAUCCCGUUCGUAGAUGCGUGUGGUGCCUGCGGCGGUAAUACCGUCGUUAGUAGGGGAACUAUUUUCAAAUGUGUAUCAUGUCAGCGCAAGUUCCAUGAGCUUUGUAUUGACAACCCGCAGGUCUGUGAUAGGUGGUUAUGCGCCUUUUGCACCACCUUGAUGUAGCUCAGGGUGAUAUCUAGCUACGGCGGACGAGGCUGUGAUAGUAUUUUAGUUUUAGAUUUUAUUUGCCUUCGUAACUUCUACGUUAGUUUGCGCUCUGUGAUAUCUAAGUUGGCUGUGACGUCUGACGCGGCUGCGAUAGUAUUUUGGCUUUUGAUUUUAUUUAAUUUAGUUACUUCUAGGAUGGUUUGCGUUCUGUGAUAUCUGGGUUGGCUGUGAUGUCUGACGCGGCUGUGAUACUAUUUUGUCUUUUGAUUUUAUUUAAUUUCGUUACUUCUAGGAUGGUUUGCGUUCUGUGAUAUCUGGGUUGGCUGUGAUGUCUGACGUGGCUGUGAUACUAUUUUAGUUUUACUUAUUUUACUUUGUAACCCCUACUUAACCCGUGCGUAAGUUGUGGGCAGCAGACUCUGUCACACCUUCCCUACAGAUGCAUAGCACGGCAAUGCAUUGCCCCUGCCCAUGGCGAGCCACCAUUCAAGGCGUCAAGGUCACCAGUUGAGGUAGGAAUGCUUUUUCUAAAUUGUCGCUGCCUGUAGACAUGCAGUUCCUGUAGUUGAAAAAACCUAUCAAGAAUGGAAUGAAGGCCGGACGGCAAGCAGGUUAGUUUAAUCCUCUAAAGCGUUCAUUCUAAUCUCUAUAUUUUGUAGCCAACCGUAA